AUGAAAAUAUCUUUCGGAAAUUUAUUAAGGAAUUUAUUAGGCUACCGGAUGAGCCACGAACGCCUGCCCGAUAUCAUUCGUUUGCCGAACGUUCGAGGAUACGAGGCCAGGUGCAACGAUAUCGUCUAUUGCAGACCGUGGAAUCCCCCGGUGGAUGGGACGCAGAGCGUUUGCGUCUUCUUCGGCGGAGACGUCCAGGAUUUCGCGGAGCACAUGCUCAGCCACAGGGACAACAAACACCACGCCCGAUGGAGCUUGGAGAAUACGGCGAAAAUACUACAAAACGGCUUCGUCGACAGCCACAUAUUGGUCGUGAGACCUGCGAGAAUGGAAUACAGGACGUUCAGUUGCUACGAUAAUUUCGUACCGUGCGUAAAUUGCGGAGUACCCGAGCACGUGCCCUUACAUUACAGCCUCGUACAUUUGCAGAGGAUCGUCUCGAACGUGGCCGAAUUAAUCCGAGAUAUGCCCGACGAAGAGUUCGAAGAAGCCGCCAAAGCGGCCAGAAAUGGAUUAGAACUAGUAGGAAAUAACGCGCAAGAGGAAUCGCCCGAACGCGCCUCCGCCAGAACUUUAUUGAAUUUGAACGAUUCGGAAGUAAUUCUGGCGGGAUUCAGCAAGGGCUGCGUGGUUCUGAACCAGUUCCUCUACGAAUUCCACUAUUACAACGAGAAUACAUCACCGUCUGAUCCGGCUAUCAUCUCGCGAAUAAGAGAGAUGUAUUGGCUGGACGGCGGCCAUUCGGGCGGUAAAAAUACUUGGGUGACUUCGAGCGAUUUGUUGGGCAACCUCGCCCGAUUGGGUAUAAAGGUGUUCGUGCACGUGUCGCCCUAUCAGAUCGACGACGAUCGAAGGCCGUGGAUCAGAAAGGAGGAGAAACGGUUCGCGGAAACGUUGGGAAAAUUGGGGGCGAUGACCAAACGAACGGCGCACUUCGAUGGGAUUCCGGCCAGCAUCGAAAACCAUUUCGAAAUAUUGAGGAUUUUCAAAAACGACGUCGAUUAG